GGGAAAUCAAGGUUGCUGUUGAAAAUUCAGAAAAAGACUAUUUGGUGAUCACUAAUGCCAUGAAUACCAAGAUGAGUGGGAGGCUGGAUUCUCCAUUGCACAUGGCAGCAUACAUCUUGAAUCCCAAAUAUAGUUAUGCUGACCCGAGCAUCUUUACGGAUGUGGAGGUAGUGGCUGCGCUUAUGGAAGUCAUGGAGACAUUUUAUCAUGAUGAUGACAUGAAGCAAAAUAAGGUGUUUAACAUUGGCUUCACCAAGUUUAAAAAGAAAGAGGGUAUGUUUGGGAAGGUGGCUGCAUUGAAAGCAAUGGAGAAUAACAAUUUCGAUGCCGGUGAUUGGUGGUCAACUUAUGGAUUACAAACUCCCACAUUGCAACACAUGGCCAUAAGGAUACUCAACUUGACCACAAGUUCAUCCGGAUGUGAAAGAAAUUGGAGCACUUUUGAAAUGGUAGAUGCAAAGAGGAGAAAUAAACUAGAUGUGGCCCGUAGGGACAAUCUAGUUUAUAUCCAAUUCAAUGGAAGGAUGAUUGAUAAAAGAAAGAAGUUAUCCUCUUCUAGUGAUGUUCUUCUUGGUGAAGAUGCGUCACGAGCACAAGAUUGGAUAUGCGAAGAUGCAUACAUUGAUGAUGAGUUUGAUCCCACUACGGGUGUGCCAUACAACAUCAUUGAUGAAGCAAUGGAGGAAAGCGAACCUACAGAGCUUCGUAGGAGUGCACGAGUUAGAGAACUCCAUGGAGUUGAAGAAUACGUUGAGGAUGAUGAUGAUGAAUCUGAUCAUGGGGUAGAUAUGGAGGAUGAUGAGAUCGAUUAUGAGUCCGAUGAUGAUGGGGUGAUGGCAACCAAAGAUGAUGAUGAUGAUGAUGAUGAGCCCCCGCAGCCUUGAGCCAUUCGUUGCAAACUUAUUUUGCUUGCUAUUUGUGUGCCCGAACCUUAUGUUCUUAAUCCUUAUUACCUUGACACCUAUUUCUAUGUGUGUGGCCGAACCUUGUUAGCAUGUUACUUAUUUGGCUAUUUCUAUCUAUAUAGCUGA